CGGCAGUCCGCGCCUCGUGUCCCGGCGCCGCGAGGGGGCGGCGGAAGAUGGAGACGCACAUCUCGUGCCUGUUCCCCGAGCUGCUCGCCAUGAUCUUCGGCUACCUGGACGUGCGCGACAAGGGGCGCGCGGCGCAGGUGUGCACGGCCUGGCGGGACGCCGCCUACCACAAGUCGGUGUGGCGCGGGGUGGAGGCCAAGCUGCACCUGCGCCGGGCCAACCCGUCGCUGUUCCCCAGCCUACAGGCCCGCGGCAUCCGCCGGGUGCAGAUCCUCAGCCUGCGCCGCAGCCUCAGCUACGUGAUCCAGGGCAUGGCUAACAUCGAGAGCCUCAACCUCAGCGGCUGCUACAACCUCACCGACAACGGGCUGGGCCACGCGUUCGUGCAGGAGAUCGGCUCCCUGCGCGCCCUCAACCUCAGCCUCUGCAAGCAGAUCACCGACAGCAGCCUGGGCCGCAUCGCGCAGUACCUCAAGGGCCUGGAGGUGCUGGAGCUGGGAGGCUGCAGCAACAUCACCAACACCGGCCUGCUGCUCAUCGCCUGGGGCCUCCAGCGCCUCAAGAGUCUUAACCUGCGCAGCUGCCGUCACCUGUCCGACGUGGGCAUCGGGCACCUGGCCGGCAUGACGCGCAGCGCGGCCGAGGGCUGCCUGGGCCUGGAGCAGCUCACGCUGCAGGACUGCCAGAAGCUCACCGACCUGUCCCUGAAGCACAUCUCCCGGGGACUGACGGGCCUGCGGCUCCUCAACCUCAGCUUCUGCGGGGGCAUCUCGGACGCGGGCCUCCUGCACCUGUCGCACAUGGGCAGCCUGCGCAGCCUCAACCUGCGCUCCUGCGACAAUAUCAGCGACACGGGCAUCAUGCACCUGGCCAUGGGCAGCCUGCGCCUCUCGGGGCUGGACGUGUCCUUCUGUGACAAGGUGGGGGACCAGAGUUUGGCCUACAUUGCCCAGGGGCUGGACGGCCUCAAGUCGCUGUCGCUCUGCUCCUGCCACAUCAGCGACGAUGGCAUCAACCGCAUGGUGCGGCAGAUGCACGGGCUGCGCACGCUCAACAUUGGGCAGUGUGUACGCAUCACGGACAAGGGCCUGGAGCUGAUCGCUGAGCACCUGAGCCAGCUCACCGGCAUCGACCUUUAUGGCUGCACGCGCAUCACCAAGCGCGGCCUGGAGCGCAUCACCCAGCUGCCCUGCCUGAAGGUACUCAACCUGGGACUCUGGCAGAUGACGGACAGUGAGAAGGUCAGGUGAGGGCGGGACAGCUCCCCUGGCCCUGCCCUGCCCAGUUUCCCCUCACCACCAGAUCCCUGCACAGACCACUGCAGUGGAUGAUGACACGGGGCUCCUCAUCUCCUAUCCCUCCCUCCCAGCAUCUCUGUCUGAAGCACAGUCUCCUCUGCAUCAGGGGGCCCUUUUCCUCCUCCUGCCACGCCCCCCGCCCACGGUCAGCUGGACUAGGCCACCACCCGCUGGCAGGCUCCCCUUUGUAGGGGACGGACAAACCCUUUGAGCUAAUGGAUCCCCACUGCUGUGGCAUUUGGAAAUGGGGGUGGGAGUGACUAGUCCUUUCCGCCCAGGGGAGUUGAGGGAAAUGUCUGCCUUCACUUAAGCUUUCAGUUGGAUACUGUGAUCUGGUUUUUAUUUUGAAAUGUAUGAAAAGCAAACCCAACUACAAGGGCCUUUUCACCCUCCUUCCACUCUCCCACUAACCCCAGUCUCUUCGCCAUUUAAUCCUUUUACUGAACUCUACCCUUCAUGCUCCUUUCGUUUUUGUCUUGUUUAAAUUUUUUUUUAAAAAAAACCCUUAAAUCAUGAUCUUUCUUUUUUCUGCUGAAUAUAGUUUAUAUAUUAUAUAUGUGAACUAUAUAUAUAAUAUACACAUAUUAUAUAUACACACACACAAAUGUCUGGCUACCUCGUUUUAGUUUACUUUUUUCUCUGAAGCCCUGGAAUUCUUCUACAAGAGAGAGAUUUUGAGACUGAAACAUUUUUGUGCCUAGACUGGAAAAAUGCUCAUUGGGUUUGUACAUUUAUUUGUUGUUAAUGUUCUGGCUUCUCCUAAACUCCAUCCAGUAUGUCGCACCUCCAUGUUCUGGCUAUAAAUCCUUUUCUCCUUGUCCACUGGGAUUUGAGCACCCAGUGGAGUACCUAAAUGUUCAUUUAUAGCACAGAUGUGUGGGAGAAAUAAGGUUUGAUCAUUUUCUGUUUGCUUGAGAUGCAGGUUGUGUCUUGAAAAUGAUUAUAUAUGCAAAAUCUGCCCUGUCCUCACCCUCUUCCUAGUUUUCCCCACAAAAAGGUCUUCCCCUUGUGAGCAGAGCCACAGAGUUGGCUGCAUAGCCCCUGGGGCUGCAGUGAAGGGCAGAAGACUGAAAUUCAGGUCUUAUCUCUGCUCUGUUAAUGUGAUGGGAGCUUGUGGGUUUUAAAUUUUUGUUUCUAAAUGGAGGAAUAGGUGACUUUAUUUUGGUGGGAGUUGGGACUUGUGGCUUUAAAAUUGCUUUUGAGUAGGAUGUAUAUUUCUGUUGAAUUUUUCGUUUAUUUUUUUAGAGUCCCCCACAGCAUCUUGUGAGAUCAUGGAGUUAAACCCAGAGACCUUUAUCAAUUAAUUGUACUGUUUGUGAAUUUCUAUAAAUAAUAACAAAGAUCCUCUUAAAACGUUUAUAUUCUUACAAGUAAAAGGUUAAACUGAUAUUUAUAUAAUAAAAGAGGAAAUAUGAAGUAUGUUUUUGAAAAAAAACACAA